GGCCAACGCGCGACUCUAGUCUCGAGAAAACUAGCUCACUGAAAACUAGUUCACUGAAAACUAGUUCACUGAAAGCUCUGUUUAAAGACCGUGAAACUAUGGCACAGUUUGAGAUAAUUUACGAUUCUUCAAAAGAAGAGUCUCUACAGUUCUACAACACUUCUAUCAAACAGUUCAUUUCUCCUAAUGAGGCACAGAGUCUAAGUAACCAAGGCCUUGGUAAGAUAGUGAUAGGAAGAGCUCCUGCCUCUACCUCGUGCAGUGUUAUCCUGCAUGAUCAGUCCAGCCCUUAUUGGGAGUGCUACUAUAAUACGGACACUGAUAAGUUCCUAUGUGAAGCUGAUGCCAACACUCUCCAGCAAAUUGGAUUAGGACGAAUAGUGGCAGGUAAAAUUCCGUAUGUUAUCACUAAAGAAAAUGGGAUCUAUUUCGAUGUGGUGAAAGAUAGGAGAAUUGGCGAACAGACCGCUUUACAAAUUGUAUCAAGUGGAGUAGCAGUGCUAAAGAACAAAGGCAGAAGUAACGAGUCACGUGAUGAGUCACGUGAUGAGUUUGUUGAUGCUAGCACUAACCUGCUCCCGGAUACCAACCCUGGAGACAGUACUAACUCCGGUACCUCUCCUAACUCCAGUACCCGUCCUAACUCCCUCCCUCCACGUAGCAUCUCAUCUCAACCAGGAAGAUCACUAGUCUCAACAACAUGCUCACAACCAAGUCUGAAACAAGAAGUAGGGACCUUCUCCUCUAGCGGACCCUCCUCUAGUGUUCAGAGUGAGAAGGAGGAGUCCUGGGUUGAUAUAGUGGCACCAAUAGCGGCUGGAGCGGCUAUUGCGGGGGUAGCUAUUGCUGGGGUGGCGGCUGCCAUGUUCUUUGGUAGUGGUGGUGGAAAGAACAAGAAGAAGAAGUGAAUUGAGCGGACAUAAAUGUGGUUUUUAGAUGAUAAGUAACGUGGUUUAAUGGUCGAUGAUUAGUUUGUUUUGAUACGUUAUGUAGAUAAUAG